AUGCGUUUGACUUGUAUUCUCUUAUGCUUCAUUCAUGCAUGGCUGGUUCUUGCGCAGUCUCAGACUUUAUCUCUAAACCAACUCUAUAACUUCUCCGCAACGACGAGUAAUCCAUCCACGUACACACUGCCGGAAUCGAGUAACCUGACGAUUACAGUCGCGCUGUGUUCAUACGAUACCUCCAAUGGGCCGCGCUUCUACCUCUCCAACGACUCUUCUGUCAUCCCAUCUCCGGACAACGUAGGACAGCCGAAUAUCUACCAGAUUGAGCUGGGUGACGAGGGGAUCGGCAAUUGGACGGGGAUCAUGUCAUCUCACGGGCUGCUGGCAGUCUACAAUGCUACACAAACACCCUUUGAGGUCGGAGUUUCUGACAGUGGGCCUAUACACGAAAUACUGGAUUCUCUACCGCUGUUCGGCGAUAGCACAUCAAACCAAGUCCUCAUUUUCUCCCCUCCAUUCUCCCCGCCCGACUUCACUAUACCAACAUACCCAAACUAUACUCUCCCCUCAGCCAAUCUCACUCAGCCCGACUCGCCAUCAUCCCCCGUCGAGUACUCCAUUUUCAUCGCAGAGACCAAGUUGCCAGCAUUCGCCACACUGCCGCGCACGGGCUGCGCUCUGAAAGAUGUACCGGGCAACGUCGGUACUUACAGGACGUAUGCUGACAGCGAAGGCCUCUGGCUGCGCGAUAUUGACGGCUGGCGGUGGCAGUGGUUCAUGAACGGAUUAAAUGCUCAAACAAACUAUACGAUGUAUGCCGUCGAAAACGGGACGAAAGUAAGCGGGCCGAUAUAUUUUUCCACCAAGUCCGACGCAUUUGCCUGCCAAAUCGUGCACUCCCUGCCAUUCUGCCCGACAGUGUCAUACGCAGCGCCGAUAGAUGUCGCCAAUGCUCCCAACGGCGUCACCGCCUCCCAGCUCCCUUCCUCCGUCACCGACAACCUCCUCAGCGGGUAUGCGAACUUCACCGUCAUGCUCACCACGCUCGCGUGCGGGCGCGACCUCUACAGCCCGCUCGUCACCUGCGCCGACUGCCAAGCAGCAUAUCGCACCUGGCUCUGCUUUGUCUCGCUCCCGCGCUGCGCCGAGGAUGCCAACGCCACCUCCUCGACGUCUGUCUCUUCGACUGUGACGCCGAGUCCCGCGCUGCAAAUGCAGGAUGCGGCAAACCCGCGGAGCCCGUACCUACCGAGCUUUCCGCAAAAUUAUACCGCGGUACUGCCGUGCCUCGAGGUGUGCAACGCUGCGGAUCGCGCAUGUCCGCCGUUUCUCGGGUUCCAAUGCCCGAAACCGCAGUACACGGCUGCGAUGAGCUAUGGCGUGGGCUAUAUUGAUAGCGGUGAGGAAGGUGAGGUGGGUGGUGGAUCUACAGGGAGCGCAGUGGAUCGCUGGGGGAAUGUAUGGUGCAAUGCUCCAAGUGAUGUUCUGUGA